UUAUCAUUUGACCUCGAACCGAGAAGAGAGAUAUUCUUAUCACUAUGUAUAAUCCCAAAAGCACUGACCUGGAGCGCGAUUACUUUCCCAGUUAUCACACCAUACGGUUCCAGGACCAGCCCGCACCCAAUCUUGCCGUGCAACUCCAUUUCUUACAGCUAACAAAGCAACAUGCUGAUACCAUUCCAGAGGGUAAAGAUCUAACUACCAAGCAGGGAAUUAAAGUGGACCAUUUACGAUAUGGCGGCCAAGACGAUCGUCAAAUCGUGGACGUCUUUUACAACGAUUCCACCACUGAUUCCUCUCCCCUCUUUGUGUAUGUUCACGGGGGCUACUGGCAAUUCCUGGACAUAACGGAGUCAUGCUCCAUGGUCGGUCCGUUGGUGCGUCGUGGCUACCGCGUGGCUGUCAUGGACUACAAUCUGUGCCCACAGGUGACCCUGGAACAGCUGAUGCUGGAGUUUACCAAUUUCCUAAACUGGACUUUCGCAUAUGCCGAGAAAAUAAAGACCACAGAGAUACAUUUUGCUGGGCAUUCGGCGGGCGGACAUAUGCUGGCACAGAUUCUAAACGCACCCGAAGUAGUAACCCCCGAGAGGCGCAAGAAUAUCCGCUCGUUGAUCUUCAUAUGUGGUGUCUAUGAUUUACGCGAGCUGUGGUCCUUGGAAAAUGUGAAUCCCAAUAAUAUUCUAGGCCUUAACGCCGAAAAGGCCGCGGCACUGUCGCCCAUUUUGUGGAAAUAUCCGGAUGCCAAGUCUUGGAGUUCCAUAAAAUUCCAUGUGAUGGCCGCAGAGCACGAAAGCUUGACAUUCAUUGAACAAAGUCGCGUCUUUGGGCAGGUUUUGGAGAAGGCUGGCUUUCCCACAAGUUUCAAGGUGAUACAGGGAUACGAUCACUUUGAUAUUAUCGAGGAAACGGCCAUCGAUGACUCGAUUAUAGCCAAGAAUCUGCAGGAGAUCCUUAAACUUUAAACAGAUUUGAACGACUCCAAAGUGAAAUAUUCUCAAUUAUUGUUUCUUAGUGUUUUUGUAAAACAAUCUUAACUUAAUAGUAUGCUCUCGUAAAUA